AUGGAAUCGGCUCCUUUCCAGCAUGUGGGAAUUGCCCUCACUCGUUCCUUCUCUGUGCGCCCCCCCUCCCCUUGGUAUCCUGACGUAUGCGGACCCGCGCAUUUUCUCCUCACUUUACGUGAAAUCCUGGCAUGCUCCGUGAGGGCCAGAACAUGUGUGUGGGACACAGGCAGAUGGGCAGAUAUUUCGUCUGCAUCCCACAACCGGGCGCACUCGACAGAGGACCAGCGUGUGCGGGAGGGAAGAAGGAGAGAGGUUGACUCCCUCGACAUAUAUUCCUGGUUAUUAACAGACCGACGCACUUGAAUCUAUUGUCAUACGAUAAAUGCACUGGCUCAGAAGGCUGCCGAUUGACAAGACAACCCGGUCGUUUUUUGGGGCGGGGAACUAGGCCCCAAUGUUUCCUUCCAUAUGUGGCCUUUAUGGCAUUCCCGCUGAGCUGAAGUCCGAGCGGCCCAUCCCCGUCAUUUAUUGUGUGAAAUCCUGGAUAAGAAGUAUGCUAACAUGCGUGGGUGCGGGUUCAGGCCGUGCAAGUCGUCUUCAUAGAAUUAAUAAUUUUUUAUUCAAUAUCCGUGGUGAUCAGAUCAUAGCAAAUAAAAAUAACUUUCACAUGAAUUUUAGAACAGGUAUACAGAGUAUACACAAUACUUAAUUCAUAGACAUUUAAUAAGUAGUAUGUUACGAGGAACGAUGAGCGAGCAGAUAAAAAAACUCCUAACAUAUAAAAAAGGAGUAGGACUGGAUUAACACUAUAGGAGAAAAAACUCUCGCUCCAGAAUAUAUCAAAAGCAGGUAGGACCGGCCUGCAUGCGGCAGUGUAUAAUGGAUUUAAUGAAGGAGUAAGAAGGCGGGUCAGUCAGGAUUGGCCUGCAUGUGGUAUUGAGUAAAAGGUUCGAAACGGACAUCGUCAAAGCAGAAUUCAUAUGCGGGAUGAGGCCAUUCAUGUCAAAGUGGUGAAUAGAAAACAAGUUUCGAGGCAGUAGGAACCCAGAUGCCAUCGCUUACAGUCAGCUUCGAGUCCAACCGAGGAGGGACAAGGGAGAUGCGACCAGACUACUAGUAUGUGGCGAAUACAGAGGGUUCCGCCUAGAGUGUCGAUAGAGCUCAUUCUGUGAGGAGUACGAUGCAUGAACUGAAAAAUCGAAAAAAAUUAACAUUUCUGAUGAGGGAUCCUAGGAAACGAUAUUACACACAAAAGAAAAAAAUGUGAGCGAAUACGGUAUUUUGGUAGCCAAGUCCUAAAUUCCCGGUGGCCCAUUUUCGGUGUCAUAGAGAAAGUAGUCCGGGAAGAAUGAGGAAAAUAAAAGUUUAAUCGAGUCAGUAUUCAGAUACAGGCGUAGCCUUCUCUUAAAUGUGUGCAGAUUAUCUGAAUAUCUUAUAUUUAUUGGAAGUUUAUUCCAGAGGAAAGUAUACCUGGACGCGAAAAAAGCGAGCGCUUAGAGGUAGGGGGAGCGGGAGGAGGGACAAUCAGGGCAGAGUUGCGAAGAUUGUAUGGGCGACUACUAGGGGUGAGUGCUAAAAUCUAAGAGAGAUUUGAACUAUUAUUAAUGCGAAGGAGGAGACAGAAGCCUGCUUCCAGUCUUCGAACCCAUAAAAACUCUAGGUUAGUUAGCUGGCAUCUAGCUGAGUAGGAGAUAUUUGGAUGUUCCGCACCUAAGAGUCUUCUAGUAAAAUGUCCUUGAACAUUGUCAAUUUUUGAACAACUAAUCUCGUUCAUCAAACCAAAGAAUGGGCAACAAUACUCGAGAAUGCGAAGUACGAACAUUCGAUAGAGCCUUAAUUUAAUUUCAGGAAGAUGGAAAUUGUAAAAAAAUAAAGCCAGAGAUCUGGGCAGCUUUGGCCGUAAUUCUGUUAGCGUGUGACGAGAGAUCAGGAUUAUUGGUGUAGCUCAAAUCUAAGUCGUUGAUGGUGGUACAUUCAGUCAUGUGUGUGCCGUGAAAGACCACUGGUUGGCAUAGCCUAUCAGGUGCAAAACACAUAUGGCGACAUUUAGACGGAGAGAAUUCCAUUAGGCAUUUUCAGCUCUAAACUGAAAGAGCAAGCAAGUCAGCAUGGAUUUGCUGCAGGCAAUGAAGGCUCGUAGAUGUAUUGAAAGAAUACACACAUUUGAGAUCAUCACCAUAAAUAGAAGAUUGAGAAAGUUUAACUGCCGAUGAGAUAUCAUUUAUGUACAGCAGGAACAAAGAAGAAUCUAAAACGGUUUCUUGUAUGACACCACUUACAAUAAGGUUCUCAUUGGAAAAUGAAGAUAACACUAGAACCUUUUCUUCACGAUUAUAUAUCUGUACUUUGGGAUUGCGAAUUUCCAGAGCUUCUGAUUUAACCACGAGUUUUUUUAUUUGGCACUUUAUCAGAGGCUUUACUUCGAUCAAUCUAAGUAACGAACGCAGAUAAAUGGUCAUUACGAAGAGGAGUGAGUGGCUUGAGAAACGGCAGAUGACAUGUUUCAAUGAGCGAUCUGGUAGAAAAUCAUUCUGGGAAGAGCUAAUAACUUGAUUGACCAUGCAAAAGUCGGUAAUUUUCAAGGCCAUAAGUUUUUAAAAAGAUUUUGACGAGAGAAUGUGGUUUAUAGACACCUCCAUAGUUCUGAACAUCAGAUCGAGAACCAGACUUAAAUACUAUAACAAAAAUGAAGUUUUGCAAUACUCAGGGUAGAAGACAUUUACGAGGAAUACCGAGAAGAGUUUGCUAAGCAGAAGAGGAAAAUUUCUUAUCUGUUUUAUAAGAGAGUUUUGGACAUUUUCCGUACCUACUGCGUGUGAGUUCGGAACCUAUUUGAUCAGUUUUUGUGUAGGUUCCGGAGAAAUAUUAAUGAUGCUCUGAGGGUCAUCACACAACAGAUGAGCUAAGGGGAUUGGCUUGGAUUCAAUGGUCAAAUGUUUGGCUAAAAAGAAUUUAGAAUUUCCGCUUUGCCUUACUCCUUUUUAAUGAGGGCAUCUUUGCUGCUAUUGAUGAUGAUAAUUUUUUAUUUAAUGCCAGUUUACAGGCAUUGUAAAGGGGAUCGUUAAUCACCAAUCCGACCAGCAGUGAAAAUAACUCCUAAGGAAUAAACAUAAAUUUAAUGGUGGUGUUUAUGGUUUGGUGGGUCCAGGAGAAAAAACUGCUGGAAUGGCUAGUUGGGACUUGGCUGUUGAUCUUUGACUGGAGAUCUGAGCAACUGGUUUAGAACCACUCACACCAUUAAUAGCUAAAUACAGUCUACGCCUAUCUCGCGCGAGCCUCAUUUUCGAAGCUAAUUCAAAUAUUUCAAAGACUCUUAGAUGAACUGAUAAUGAGCUCACAGAGGGAUCUUUAAUCUGAUUCUGUAGUUUUUCAGUCUGUUUUUAUGAAAGUGUGGAUCUGCGGUGGAAGUGUACUCGUUUUAUAUGUCUUCUUUGGAAUUAAUUCACGUAAAUCUUCUGUUACGUAUUCUAAUGAAUUUUUAAGAAAAUGUAAACGUCGUCCGUGGAAUAGGUCAAGAGGACCUUCUGUUGCGCAUUUUAAUAAAUUGUUGAAAAACUCUGGAUUAUUAUUUGAAUAACCUGAAAUACUACACGCAAUGGCUACGGUUGUGGUCAAGAAUCUUAAUCAUCUGCCUUACGAAACCAGGCUGACCGAACUAAGUCUGUUUCGUCUCACUUACAGGCAACCGCGCGGCGAUGUCAUUUAAACCGACAGGAUUGUUAGAUGCCGUGAGUGCGCUCUAGACUUAGAUAAUUUCUACUAAUUGUCCGGGACUGACCGUCUGUGUGGUCAUUCCUUCAAACUGCAGAGGGAGCUGGCUCAUUCGGACAUCCGACGAAACGCCUUCUCUCAAAGAGUCAUUGAAGCAUGAGACGGACUCUUUGAUGCUGUGGCUCUUUCCGAAACUGUCGAAUCAUUUAAGUGUAGACUAGAUGCUCAUUUGCUGAGAAACUACUGUACAUAUAAUCACGAUUGUUUUAGCGGCGGCAGUUUGCGCCUGGCUCACACUUACUGUUGACUUUUGGAUUUCCACACUUGCUGAUGUUAUUAUUUAUUCUAUUUCUGUUUAUCUAAAGCCUCCUUCCCUUAAUAGACUGACUUAAGUGGCGCCGCUAUCCAAAAAUCCGUAAACGUUCGUUUCCAAAUUUCCGAUUUUCCUUUGAAGGACCCAACCUCGACCGUUGACACAAGGCCCUCCUUUCCAUGCAUACAUUUCCAGUUCACUCGUAGCAAACGUAAGGAUUGUCUUUGUUUGAAUCCAUAGACGGGGUUUUUUUCUGAAGGACGGCAAGCGGAAGUGGAGUUUCAUUUCCCACUGUUUGUGGCGAACGCGGGUGUUCUCAUCGCCUUUGGGACCCGUGACCAUUCAGCGUGAUCCCUGUAACUACGCUGCUUGAAUUACUGUUUAUUUCCCACUCACACACCUACCCCAAAUAGUAUAUACUGUCCUAUCGGUGAAAUACCUCGAUCAGAUCUGAUCGUAUACUUAUCUGUUUUAAUUAUCAGGUGUGCGCAAUGCUCGGAGGUAG